GAAUAUGCACGCUCGACUGCUAAUGCACAUGUGAUGCUGCGAGACAGGACGAGAGUAUGAGCUAUAAUUCCACAUGAUGUGCAUGGGACGACAACAGCCUUUCCUUACAAGACCAAUGCAAACGCCUUAAAACCACUUUUAAGGAAAUCUAAAGGAAGGAAGAUGUUUUUUCUUCACGCGCAAGAUGGAACGGGGACAAAUCGGACGCCUGAAAAUCGAGAAGUGCGCCAAAUUGCGCCUAUGACUUUACUGUUGAGUCUGGUGCGUUUGCAGCUUAUGAUCAGUAGAAUCGAAAUGCGCUGAACGCAACACAAUACAGGAUGUAUACAGAAAUGCAACGCAGAGGGCAAUGAAAGACUUUGUUUGUUAUCGGUUAAGUGAAGCCUUUUGGCAAAGCACUUGAGAAAAGGAGCGGAGAAAUCUUGAAAUGCGCACCUCUUGCUGUUUCUAACGAACUGUCACCCGCUCUCUCUCUCUGAACGGAGAGUCAGCUUUGGGAACAACAUGACACGGACGCGCUUCUGCUGUCAUUAACGGGGACAAAUCAGACCAACGCAGCGGCAAUCCGAUCAAUAGACUAUCGAUAAGCUCAUAUAUAAGGCUAAUCAUCACGCCUGCCUAUGUUUGCUUACCCUGUUUAGGAGAGUAUGCUGUGGGACGAUGAACAAACUGCUGACAAGUCAUAUUAUGUUCAUUGGGAAGAUCUGUGGGAGUUCAUGGAUCUAUUUUUGAGCUCCUCAAGAGAUUUUUACAUUGAAAUUAUGAUAUGUGUUUUGCAAGAUGACUGCUACAGUCAGCAUAGCGUCAGACAAACCAGAUCAACUAGUUGCUCCGAUUCCUGUGUAAGCACUCUCGGUUUGGUGUGGAAUUAUGGGGUGACUGCUCAGUCGACUCGGUGAAGAAGCUAUGGAUGUGAACUACUCCACGGUCCUGGACAGCAGUGUGUCACAGCGCGAUUCGUCGAAGCGAGUUCUGACUGGUUGUUUCCUCUCGCUCCUCAUCCUGACCACCCUGCUGGGCAACACUUUGGUCUGCGCUGCGGUCACAAAGUUUCGUCACCUGCGCUCAAAAGUCACCAACUUCUUUGUUAUAUCGCUGGCUAUUUCUGACUUGCUGGUGGCCAUUUUGGUGAUGCCAUGGAAAGCGGCCACCGAGAUUGUAGGGUUUUGGCCAUUUGGCGCCUUCUGCGAUGUCUGGGUGGCCUUUGACAUCAUGUGUUCCACUGCCUCCAUCUUGAAUCUGUGCGUCAUCAGUGUGGACCGCUACUGGGCCAUUUCUAGCCCGUUCCGCUACGAGCGCAAGAUGACGCCCAAGGUGGCGUUCAUCAUGAUAAGUGUGGCGUGGACGCUAUCCAUCCUUAUCUCCUUCAUCCCCGUGCAGCUAAACUGGCACAAAGCCCAGGCGACCAGUUACACGGAGCUGAACGGCACCUACGGCGAGCUUCCUCCAGACAACUGCGACUCCAGCCUUAAUCGGACAUAUGCCAUCUCUUCUUCCCUGAUCAGUUUUUACAUUCCUGUGGCCAUUAUGUUGGUCACUUACACCCGCAUCUACCGCAUUGCCCAGAAGCAGAUACGCCGGAUCUCGGCACUCGAAAGAGCGGCCGAAAGCGCCAAGAACCGCCACAGUAGCAUGGGUAACAACGGUAGUAUGGAGUCUGAAAGUUCCUUCAAGAUGUCCUUCAAGCGUGAAACCAAAGUUCUCAAGACCCUCUCGGUCAUCAUGGGCGUUUUCGUGUGCUGCUGGCUGCCCUUCUUCGUCUUGAACUGCAUGGUUCCUUUCUGUAACCCCAACGAGAGCUCUGACUUCUUCUGCAUCAGUUCCACCACCUUCGAUGUCUUUGUCUGGUUCGGUUGGGCCAACUCCUCACUCAACCCCAUCAUCUAUGCCUUCAAUGCUGACUUCCGAAAGGCAUUCUCCAUCCUGCUGGGCUGCCAUCGACUCUGCCCCGGCAGCAACGCUAUAGAGAUUGUGAGUAUCAACAACAACGGUGGCCCUCCGUCUACUUCUCAGUAUCAGCCUAAGGGCCACAUCCCAAAGGAGGGCAACAACAGCAACUAUGUGAUCCCUCACAGUAUCCUCUGCCAGGAGGAGGAGAACCAGAAGAGGGAGGACGACUCUGGGAUAAAGACCUUUGAGAAACUGUCGCCUUCCAUGUCAGGCAAUUUGGAUAGCGAUGCAGAUGUCUCGCUAGAAAAGAUAAACCCCAUAACACAAAACGGGCAGCACAAAUCCAUAACCUGCUGAGCAUUGGGUGAGAUCUGACCCCAACAAAGAAUCCUUGUUUCUAUACAGUACGGAACCCAAAAAAGCUUCACUGAGGACCUUAAAAACAUUUCUUGGACUAAAUGAAACUUG